GGAACUUCAACAUUAUUGGAGUAGUUGCAUGUCUAGUACUUUUCUAUAAUAACACCAUCUUCAAGCUCUUUUUGGUUUUGUUACAUAUCUCCAUAAGAAACACUAGCAAUGGCUAUGUGGAUUUCAAGAUCCAGAAGAACUUUGAACCAUUUUGUUCAAAGGGCUUGUCCUUUGUCUCUUCUUCGCCAGAGAGGUUCAAGGCCAUUUUCCUAUUUUGAGUCCGCCAUAGAAAGAGAGCAACUAGAGCCACUCUUCUAUGAGGAGGAUUAUCAUGUUGACAUUAAUCAUGAUGAGAACCAAGCCUUGGAUUUCCCAGGAGGAAAGAUUCCAUUUACUUCUCAAAUGAAAUUCAAAUCAGAGUCAUCAGAAACAAGGUUAUCUUGUUAUCGAGUCCUUGACAAUAAUGGUUGUCCAAUUCCAGGAAGUGUAUUCGAACAGGUGAGCAAAGAUUUGGCUGUAAAGAUGUAUAGCAAAAUGGUGACCCUUCAAUUAAUGGACAACAUUUUUGAUGAAGCAAAAAAACAAGGCAGGUUAACCUUUUAUCUGACCACUGUUGGAGAAGAAGUUAUUAACAUAGCUUCUGCUGCUGCACUUACUCCAGAUGACAUUGUCUUGCCUCAGUACAGGGAACCUGGAGUUCUGUUAUGGCGUGGCUUCACUUUGCAAGAAUUUACCAAUCAAUUGCUUGGAAAUAAGGGUGACAAUGGCAAAGGCAGGCAAAUGCCAAUACAUUAUGGUUCUAACAAGCUCAAUUACUUCACUGUCUCUUCAACUAUUGCCACACAGCUACCACAUGCGGCAGGCGUGGCUUAUGCUCUGAAAAUGGAUAAAAAGGAUGCUUGUGCUGUCACUUAUUUUGGAGAUGGUACCACUAGUGAGGGAGAUUUCCAUGGUGCUUUGAAUAUUGCAGCAGUUCUGGAAGCUCCUGUUGUAUUUCUAUGCCGCAACAAUGGAUGGGCCAUUAGCACCCCUGUCGCUGAACAAUUUCGAAGUGAUGGAGUCGCGAUUAAAGGGCAAGCUUAUGGAGUUCGAAGUAUUCGAGUGGAUGGCAAUGAUGCUCUGGCAGUUUAUAGUGCUAUUCGUGCAGCUCGCAAAAUGGCAAUAAAGGAACAAAGGCCAAUACUAGUAGAGGCUAUGGCUUAUCGAGUAAGCGACCAUGCAUCGUCUGAUGAUUCGACUAAGUACCGGUCUAAGGAGGAAGUCGAGUACUGGAGAAGACGAUGUUCAGUCGCCAGAUUCAGAAAAUGGAUACAGAAAAAUGGUUGGUGGAGUGAUGAAGAGGAACUUGAAUUCCGGGGAAAUAUCAAAGAGCAGGUGUUGCAAGCAAUUCAAGCUGCUGAGGAAGUAGAGAAACCUCCAUUGACAGAUUUGUUUACUGAUGUUUAUGACCAAAUUCCAUCAAAUCUUCAAGAACAAGAGAGGUAUAUUAGAGAUGCUAUAAACAGACGUCCACAGGAGUAUCCUUCUAAUAUACCUCUGUAGGCUAUAAUAUCCUCUGGUUUUGAUGGUAUAUUAUAAGAUGGUAAUAGAUAAGUGAAGGAGCUUGCUACAUUUUCAAGAAUUUUCAAUCUGAAAUUGUUUCUUUGAAGUCAAGUAAUGUCAUAGAUGCAGUAGUGUGUGUGCGCAGGCGCGCAUUAAAUUAAGUCUGAACUAGUUUAUCUUCUUUGCAAAUGGAUGUUGUAUUUUCUUUCUUACUGAAGAAAGAAUGGGGAGUAACAUAAACAUUUUCUUUCUUCAAACUAAAUCAUGCACUUACUGUCUU